GAAUUAGUCAUGAAUAAAAAUACUUCCUGGAAACUGUAAACAAAAAAUAUAAGUGAUUUUAACAGCUUUUUUCAAAAAUGCCCAAGAAAAAGUCCGGCAAGAAAAAGAAGAAGUCUGCAAAAUCCGCAAAGGAAGAUAAACAUGCCUCUUCAGAAACACCAGAACCGGGAACUCUGGUAGGUGCUGAUGGUACAGAUGGGGGGAUUUCUGGUUUACUUCAGGAGAAUAACAACGCUGAUGUAAAGGGAAAAAAGAAGAAAAAGGGCAAGGGCAAGAAAAAAAAGAUGACGAAAUCAGAAAAAGAUGUGGCAAAGUUGGAGAAAGCAUGUGACAAAAUGCGGGCGGAGAAGACACAGUUCCAUGAUUUUAUCAACCGGAUGGACAGCUGGCUGGUUAAAAACCAUAAAAACAUUGCCCGGUAUUUCCGCAAGUUUGAUGAAGAUGGAGAGGGGAUCCUUACCUAUGAGGAUUUCAAAUCAGGCAUGCUUGAUAUGUUGUGCCCAUGUACCAAUACUGAAUUAUACAUGUUAUGUAAGUUGCUGGACAGGGAGAAUACUGGAGAUAUAGACUUCACUGAGUUCUCCAAGGGACUGAAAUAUAUCAGAGAGCUGGAAGACCUGGAGAGAGAAGAGGAAGAGGCAGAUAAGAUUCUUAUACUCACUGAGAGGAACUUUGAGAAAUGUAAAUGUUGCAAGAUGAGCAUAAAUGGUCCUUAUCAAAUAAAAUAUCCCAGAUUCAUUUUACUGGAGCUACGUUUAGUUGCAUUCAAUGACAUAAAAGAUCAUCCCGGUCAUUUUGAAGUUCUUGUCCAUGCUCAUAUACCCGUCAGCUCUCUACAUCAGAUUAUUGUAGAUGAGACGGGAAUAAUGUCAACAAAACUUUCCAUAUUUCAUGAUAAGUCACGCAGUCGGGAAGCAAUGUUACCUGUGCAUAUGGCAUUACAGGAUCUUGGUUAUGAAGGAGAUACAUACGAUGACCCAGAAGAACUAACAUUAUUCUAUGAUUAUAAAGUUGAAUUCAUUGACUGUCCAUUAUUACUGUGUGAUCAUUACUUUGGAAAGAAGAUAGAAACAAACGUUCAUAAGUUAACUGUAGCGUAGCUGUAAAAUAUGUUGCUGAUGGAAAAUGAAUUUUAUUAGAAGAGAUUAUAGUCAUUUCAAAAUCAAUUUUGAACUUUUUUGAAUAACUUUGGCUGAAAGCUCAAAUAAAAUCAUUAGCACGGGUAAAGAAGAAAUUUCAGAACUGGAAAAUCAGUUUGCACAAAAUAUUUGGAUGGUUGCAGUAAGACAUUUCCAGGAGGUACAGCUUCCAACAAGAGAGAAUUGCAAGAGCAAUAGUUUCAAAGCCUCAGGUCCAUGGGACGUCUCAGAAAAGUAAGCAAGAUAGGAAGAAAGAUUGAUUACUUGCAAAAGAAUAUUUUUAUUAGAACAUGUAUUAUUAAGGGGCAGACUACCAUGUUUAUUUAUUUUGUUAUGAAAAUUAGACAGUACAUGUUCUUUCUUUUUUUAAGUUAUUUUGAAUAAAAUGUUAUACUAAAGGGAUUCAGUAUAAAAAUAUACUUCCAUGGUUUGAAAAACAUAACAUAGAUUUGGAAGUAUAGCCUUUUAAAAUAGUUGAUACUUUUUCAACUAAUGCAUUUUUGAAAACAAAGUUUUAUCCUAUAUUUUGUUAAAUACUGUUUUUGAACAGAAAACUAUAAUCAGAGCAUUGUUUAUUAUAGUUUGAGUGAUUAUCUGAAGGAAAUUUAUUUUUUAUGUAUAGUUUUUAUUUCCUAUCAGGAAUUUACUUUUUAAUAUAGUACAUGUAUUUAUUGUAUGAAAGUUAUUAAAAUUUUAAUGUUUUACAUACAUAUUUUAUAGAUCCAGAUUUAAAAAUAAUAAAGUAUGAAAAUAAGUGAA